AUGGCUGCGCCUUUCUCGGAUCUCGCGCCACGAGGCUACGGACCGAAUGUGUCGUAUAUUUUUGAAUACUCGAGGGGCCUGAAUGGCGUGAACGUUCCCCUCGAUGUGCUGAUUGCCCGUGUGAUCUACUCCUCGAUCAUUGUCUUGGCCGUCAUUGUUUUCUCCGGCCGCAUCGCGCAAAUAAGCCACGCCUAUCUCCGUCUGAUUACCGCUUCUUCGUCAAAUCAGCGACAACAAACAUACUGGAGUCGCGAGCAAUCAACAUGGUGGGCCUGGUUGAAGAAACAAUUUCUAUAUGCUCCGUUGGGGAGAAAGAGACAUAACAGGGAGGUUCAGCUUUCGUCGGCUAUUGGGAUGGGUACCUUACCGUCCCGGUUUCAGACCAUCUUGAUCACCUUGUAUUUGACAAGUCAAGUCGUUUAUUGUCUAUUGCUCGAUUACGCAACCAAUGAGAAGCAAGCCCUGAUAGCAGAGCUGCGUGGACGCUCUGGGACGCUGGCAGUCUUCAACAUGGUGCCGCUUUUUCUCCUGGCGUCUCGCAAUAAUCCUUUGAUAUCCAUUCUGAAUAUCAGCUUCGACACAUAUAAUCUUCUUCAUCGAUGGCUAGGUCGCAUUAUUGUUCUUGAGACCAUCACCCAUACUGCUGCAUGGGCUGUUAAUGCUUGCGCCGAGCAAAACUUUAAUGAGAUGCUCGCACGUUUGAGGGAUACUCCCUUUUUUAGCUGGGGCUUGCUUGGAACUUGCGCCAUGAUUUGCCUGGCCCUGCACUCUCCUUCCCCAAUCCGCCAUGCUUUUUAUGAGAUCUUCCUGCAUUUGCACCAGCUAUUCGCCCUGUUGGCGUUUGUCGGCGUGUAUCUCCAUCUCAAACUAGACUCUCUACCGCAGAAACCCUGGAUUGAUGCCGUUGCUUUGAUUUGGAUCUUGGAGCGCAGCACCAGACUCCUCCGCCUUGCUUAUCUCAACCUCUCACCCAAACACGGAAGUACUCGUAUGACCGUCGAGGCCCUCCCAGGCGAAGCAUGCCGAGUCACCUUCCAUCUCCCAAAGCGCGUGGACAUCCAACCAGGCUGUCACGUCUUUGCCUACAUUCCUUGCGUAUCCUGGUGGAUGUCCCACCCCUUCUCCAUCGCCUGGGCUGAUCCCCGGAGCAUAACCAAUGACCACACGCAAUACCUCGACUCCAAACCAGACUUCACCCCUCCUCUAACCCCCUCCUCCAUCGAGAAACAAGGCUUCGAUCUCUCCUUCGAGCCUCUAGACAACCGCCCCCGUCCAACAGACAUAUCCCUCAUAAUAAGCGCCCGGCAAGGCAUGACCCGCGCUCUUUACAACCUCGCUCGCUCAAAACCAAACCAAACCCUCCACAGCUCCGGCUUCAUCGAAGGCCCCUACGGCUCUCACCCCGCCAACGCCGCAAGUUACGGCACCGCAAUCCUCUUCUCCGCCGGCGCAGGAAUAACCCACCACCUGCUCUACACCCGCGAUCUGCUUCUCCGCUCCGCCUCCGAAACAGCAGCAACCCGCCGCAUCUAUCUCAUCUGGUCCGUCCGCUCCACAGACCAUCUAGCCUGGGUGAGUAAAUGGAUGGACCAGAUAUUGAAAUUGCCCAUGCGCCGCGAUAUCCUCGUCGUCAAGUUGUUUGUCUCAAAGCCACGGCGCGCUGCGGAUAUCGUCUCGCCUUCUAAGACUGUGCAGAUGUUUUCCGGUCGGUGCAGACCUGAUGUUGUGCUGGAUGAAAUCAUGCCGAAGAGAGUGGGUGCUUCGCUCGUUUCGGUUUGUGGACCAGGAGCCUUUGCGGAUGAGGUCAGGAUGGCGGCUAGAGAGAGGAUUGGAAGAGGGGCUGUGGUUGAUUUUGUGGAAGAGGCUUUUACGUGGUAG